UUAUCAUAUACUUUAAAACGAUGGUAUUUUGCGCAUGCACCACUUCAUUUACUGUGCAGAUUAUACACAUCUAAAAAUGGGUAUGCAGACACAGAGUUAUUGAGAGAAUGGCAACUUUAGACGAAGAGAGAUAUUUGAGAAAUCUAUUGCUGCUUCGCGAGGGUACUUCGUUUGUGUUAAAGAGCCUUGUAGUGCAAGAAGAACACAGGUCUGGACAAACCUUAGAGAAUCUUCUUAAUAACAAAACGUUAUUCAAAGGCAUAUUGAAAGAACAACGAGACAUUCUUUACCCAGUGCCUUCGACAGCAAAUGCAGAUUUAACUAUAUGGGAUUUGUCGCUCCUUCUGCUUGUCGUGAAGAGAUUAUUCUAUCCAGUACUACCACCAGUUACUGCCUCACAUAUAGGGGCAUUAAAGGCCUUCAGAGAUUCUAUCCAAGGACAUCCUCGUAAGAUGUCAAUGGACGAUACAGAGUUUUUAACAAGCCAGACACAUUUACAAGGACAUUUGCGAAACAUUGCAGGAUACGCCAACCAAUCUCGCCAAAUUGAAGACAUUAUCAGACGAACUGCAUCUGGCAAUAUUGACAUUGAAUCAGUAUUUCGACAUGUCAAUGAAAUUCACGCAUUCAGUUAUAGUUUAAGGGUUUUCAUAGAAGAAAAACUUGAGCAAAUCAAACCAAAACUUAAUUCUUUAGAAAGUGAUGUUAAAACUAUCAAAG